CCAACGUGGGUCAAGUCUUUGGCACGAGAUGUUCUGCUGGGUUGUGCGCUGCCUUGUGUUUGGAUGGCUGAUUUCUGCUUCAGAUGCACAGAGCCAUCCAGAAAUCCCGCCCGUAAGGAACAGCGUAUUCAUUGCACAGGAGAAGGAAGGACGGAUUCUGGGAACUUACAUUUGUAUCAAGGGCUACCACCUGGAAGGAACGCGAGUCUUUGUUUCCGAUGCCUCUGAGGAGUGGGAUGCUUCCGCCACGCAGUGCCGCUUGGGCCACUGUCCUGACCCUGUGUUGGAGAACGGUGAGUUCAAUGCUUCAGGUCCCGUGAAUGUAAGUGACAUAAUCACGUUCAAGUGCAAUGACCACUACGUCCUCAGGGGCAGCAGUUGGAGCCAGUGCCUUGAGGACCACAGCUGGGCACCUCCCUUUCCCACCUGCAAAAGUAGAGACUGUGGCCCCCCUGAGAAGCCAGCUCAUGGCUACUUUAAAGGAGUAAAUUUCACCUCAGGAUCCAUCAUUACUUUUUACUGUGAGAAGAGGUACCGCCUGGUGGGCACAAAGGAGCUGCAGUGCCUAGACGGGGAGUGGAGUGGCACUCUUCCGGCCUGCGAGCUGAUCCCGGAAGCUUAAGCACCAGCCCCACUGACGGGGCUUGAGAAAGCAUUUCUUGCCUUUCAAGAGAGUAAGGACCUAUGCAGUGCCACAGAGAUCUUUAUGAAAAGAGUGAAGGAAAAUGGCUUAACAAUGGAGGAAGUGAAAUACUCUCUGGAGUUUAAGAAAGCUGAGUUGAUGCAAAAAAUGUUGGCCUAACAUAAUAGCUCAGCAGAAUGGUGCUACAGAUGCUCUUAUGAAUAAAUUUUCCUCUUUGUUCUAAAA